AUGUGGAUAAUAACUGAACAAAGAUUAAUAGAAUUGGUAGUAAAGAAUAAAUGGUUAUUUCAAUUAAUAUUGUCAUUGUGCAAGAGAUCAAGAAAGGCAUGUGAUUCAUUGACUUUGCAUCACUUUGAUAGAAAGUUUCCAUCUAGUAAUAGUUUGUUACUAAACUUUGAAGUAGCUAUUAGAGAAAACUAUUGGGACUAUUAUGCAUUGGAGAUGAUUGUAAAGAAUCGUCACUUUGGUCUGAUCAAAGAUCGUAUAAAGAGUAAUCGUCACAUCUUUAUCAACAAGACUGGUCUAUGUGAUUUCCUCAGGACUUGUACAGAUCAGAAAGUGUUUGAUUUGGUGUAUCAACAUUAUCGAUCGGCUUUUGCACACCCUGAACUAUUAACAUGUGCAGCUCAAGGAGGGUCAUUACACAUAUUCCAAACUUUGUUUCAACAAACCUCCCCCAUCACAUUUUCAAGAGAAGAAUCAUUGGAAGUGGCCAUUGUUGGUGGACAUUUGGAUAUUAUGACCUAUUUAUCACAACACUAUCAUCAAGAGACAAACAAGAGAAAACAAGUUUAUUAUGAUCGAGCCAUUAAUCAUGAUAGUCAUCAGGUCUAUGAUCAUUAUUGUAGAUUAUAUGGUGCUCCAGACGAGACUAUUGGAAUGGUUAGAGUUAGUGGUAGAUGUAUUGUAAAUGGAGAUAUUGAUUAUAUAGUAGACACUAUACCAGUAGAAUCAAAACUUUCAAUUUUCAAUUCAUAUCAUAUUAUUUAUCGUCACAAAAAUAAUGACUAUGAUAAACAACUAAAAGUAUUUUCAAAACUAUUAGGAAAAGAAAAAGAUAUCAAUAUUAAAGACAUUUCAAAUGAUAUUGAACAAAUUGCAAAGAAAAAUGGUUGGUCAUUGACAGAGGAUCAAAUUAAAAUGCAUACCAUUCAAAAAAUUAUAGUUGAUUCAAAUCAAACAGAUUCAAUUGAUCGUACAAUAUUAAAAGAAUCAAUUCAAUUUGGUUUAAUUAAUUCUUUUAAAUUUAUUUUAUUAAAUUUAAAUUUUGAUAAUAAUAUUGAAAAAAAAGGAGAAUUAUUAGGAUUAUUAUGUAGAUAUGGAGAAUUGGAACAUUUUAAAUAUUUAUAUCAAUCAAGAGAGGAUUUACAAGAAUUUAAAAAUGUGGAAUGGAUGAAUGAAUAUGUUGAUUGGAAAAUGUUGGUAGAAAGAGAAAAGGUUGAUAUUUUAGAAUUUAUUUUAGAUGUUUGUCCAGAAAUGAUUGAUAAAAUUCAUUUUACAUCAAUCAAGAUAUCAGAUGCAGUGGUAGAAUUUUGUUGGUCUAGAAAUAUUUUAUACAAAUUGUAUAGUGGUUAUUUAACAGAUGAAGCUUUAUUUAAUUUAAUAAUGCGGUCACCCUAUUUUAACUCUAUAGUUUCAAUGACACCAAUGGAAAGACAAGAUUUUGAAAAAAAUCCAAUUUCUUUUAAUAGAAAUGCAUUUUUAAUCAUUGAUCCAAUUAGAAUUGUAUUAUUGUUUUGUCAAAUUGGUGAUACAAAAUUAUUGGACCAAUAUUUUAAAAUAUUGGUAGAAAUUAGAGAUCAAAUUUCAAAUUGGACUACAACUCUUGCUCAUUAUAAUAUUGAAAUUUCUAAACAAUCAACAACAACUCCUCCAUCCUUUACACCGGUAGCAACAAAAAAACAAAUAGAAGAAACCAAUAAUCAAGAUGUAUUUUUUACAAAACGUGCUCAAUUGUACAUUAAUAAUUAUUAUUUAUAUUGUUUUUUGGAUCAAAUUGCAAAAAGUGGUUCAAUCAAAUUAAUUCAACACGUCAUUCAAAAUAUUGAACAAGUUUAUCAUUUUGAUGUCAAUAAUCAGCGAGUCGGUGUUACUUUUGGUACAGAUAUUGCUUUUAAAUUGGCAGGUGAAACUGGUAAUAUUGAUCUUUAUAAAUCAAUCAUUAAAAAUCAUCGUGAUAAAAAAGCUGAAGUUUUAUUAACUCUUGGUUUAACUUCAAAACAUGGUAGAUUUGAUUUAUUUAAUUAUUUAUGUUAUAAUAAUGUAGUACCAGAUCCAUCAUUUCCAGUUCAUCAUUUAAUAUUACAUAAUCAUUUUAAUUUAUUGGAUUGUUAUAUAAAUUAUAGACAAUCAAAACAACCAAACAAAAGUAUUCAUCAAUCAUUUAUUCAAUCAAUUGCUAUUCAAUCUAUUUUUAUUGGUUGUAAUAUUUCAACCUUUCAAUAUCUUUGUAAAAGAUAUUUUGAAAUUGAAAAAGAGGAAAAGGAGGAAAAAGAGGAAAAAGAAAAUGAAAAUGAAAUGUUGGAAUGGAAUUGGCAAUUUAAUAAUAAUAAUUUAAAUGACAAGGUACCAGAUUGUUUACCUUUAUAUAAAACUAAUAAUAAUAUACAAAAUGAAAUUGAUACAUUUGUAAGUUCAACAAUGAAAUCAUCAACUCAAACACUUCAUAGAAACAUUCCACCAGAAUUAAAAUAUUAUUUAAUUCAAUUAAAUCUUUAUGAAUUGGAAAUGGAUGAACGACAAAAUGUACAAAAUAAUAAUAAUAAUAAUAAUAGAGGAGGUAUAAGUGGUAUAACAUCAGUUAAAGCAUCAUUGGAAUGUGGAGGAUUAGAACCUUUAUGCUUGGAACAAGAAGAUGAUUUAUUUGGUAAUUGGAGUAAGAGAUCAGGUAAACUAUGGGAUUCUCUACAGACAAAUGUAUCGGUCAAUAUAUUUGUAUUCUCUGAUUACCCUUAUCCAGAUGAUGUUAUUAAACAAGAGUUUGCAACAAAAUCUCAAGUACAAGAUUAUUUAAAUGGUUAUAUCGAUCAUUUUAAUCUAAGAAAACAUUUUAAAACUGGUUGUAAAGUUGUCCAAGUUGAACAAAUCAAAGAGGUUAAAACUACUUGGAAAGUAGAUUAUGAAACAAAUGGUAAAAUCAUUACUGAAACUUUUGAUUUUAUUAUCAUUGCUACUGGAAUGUUUAGUAAACAAUCAAUUAAAUCUACUAGUUUACCUAAUUUUGAAAAUUUUACUGGUAAUAUAACAUUUUCAAAAGAUUAUAAAAAUCCUAUACCUUUUUAUAAUAAAAGAGUAAUGGUAAUGGGAGAAGGAUGUAGUGGAUGUGAAAUUGCAUCAGAAUUGUCAUCUGAUCCAAAUGUAUCAAAAGUAUUUCAUCAUGUUGGACAUAAUAAUUGGAUAGUAUCAAGAAGAUUAGAACCAAGACCUGGAUUUAUAUUCCCAUUUGAUGUUGUCAUGUUUUCAAGACAUAUUAAUCAACAAAACAAGGGUAAACCAUAUGAAGAGAUCUUUUUGGAUAAUAAUCAAAAACUAAAUGUAUUGUGUCAGAAUCAAGCAGUGGUACCAGAAUUACAAGUUGAUAUGAAUAGACCUGGUUUUAUUGCCAUUUCAGAUACCUAUGUCGAAGCUGUAAAAUCAAAAAAGAUUCAACGUAUCAAAGAAAAGGUUGAAAGUUUGGAUGGUAAAACGAUUCAAUUCGUUCAACAACCGUCAAAUAUACAAUCAUCAUUAGAGAUUGAUGAAAUUAUAAUGGCAACUGGAUAUGAUGUAGAUUUACCAUUCUUUUCAAAAGAGUUGCAAAAAGUGAUUGAAUUUAAAAAUCAUCCAAUGGCACCUGCAGUACUUUACAAGACUGUAUUUCAUCCAGAUUUGGAUAAUCUAGCAUUUGUUGGAUGGUUUAAAAAUGCUUUUGCGCCGACCAUGGAAUUACAAGCUCGUUGGGCAACUCAAAUAUUUUCUGGUGUCCUCCCACCAAUCGAUAAAAACAUAAUGCGUCAAGGAUUGGAAUUGGAAAGAAAUAUUAGAGAUUCCUAUCCAAAUAGACAAUAUCAACAUGGUGAAUAUGUAGAUUUUAGUGAUGACCUAGCCAGUCAAAUUGGUGCUCUUCCAGAUUUUGAAAAGAUUAAACUACACGAUGAAAGAUUGUAUAAUAUGUUGUGGUAUAAUUUUACUAGUCCUGCUUCUUAUCGUAUGGUUGGUCAUGGUUCAAAUUUGGAAUUGGCUAUUCAAACUAUUGAAAAACUUAAUAAUCAUUAUCAUCAUCUUUAA